UUCACCCUACGUCCCUAACUAAAUAAAUGUCCGGACCGCAAUCCUAGACCUCUAAAAAGAUUCAUAUUUUCGUUAAACAAUGCAAAAAGUUUUCACAAAUUAAAAGAUAUUAAUGAGUUCUUUCAAGUUGUGAAAAAGUUUGAUUUUUUGAACAGAAAAAAUACAUUUUUUUAAAAGUCUAGAUUUGCGGGCCGGACAUUUAUUCAAGAGCGGAGGGAGUAUCUCAUAAGCUUAAAGUGCUUGUGAUUAUUGUACAUUAUUUUGCGGGCCGGGCAUUGGAAAAGGCAGUUUAGAGGGAGCAAUGUUGGAGAAUGGGGUGACUAAAUAGAGUAGGUGCAGAUCAUACAGUAAAUAAACUUCUCAAAUUUCAAAGCGUUAUUGUUGCUAAAAAAACACAAAUUUACAAACGUUUUUUGGAUUUUUUAAGCCUAACAUGAAGAAAGACCACGGUAGGUUCUUGCGAAUAAAGCCCUGUUCCCGCGCCUGAAAUGCCACUGCUACUGCUACAAGCAUACUAAGGUGUGUUUGGUUCACUGGGAUGGAAUACCCAUUCCCAUUUAGAUGUUUGGUUGCGCUAAGGAAUAACCAUUUAGAUUCCUAAUAUCAUUCCCAAUAUUGUUUUUUCUUAAUAGUGACGAUAGUGAAUCCUUGUGUGACAUUAGUGAAUCCUUGUGUGACAUCAGUAAUUUUGAGGGUGAUCUUAGAAACGGUUCUAUAGCUUUUGUCCCAAAGGAAUGAGAAAAUGACUUGUAACUGUGAAGCUGUAAUCUCUCCUUUAGGUGAAUAGCGAACCCAUUUGGAACAUGAGCAUUUCUUCAUUUACUGACGAACCAAAUACUUGAAAGUCCAUCAAACCAAACGUAGCCUAAAGGUGGUCUAAAAGUCUUGUAGAUUCAUCUGGAUGUUCUCCACAUGGCAUGAACGUAGUUUUGGAGAUCUGUGGCAUCCUUAUAUAAUUUACAAUUUUUUAGUUACUCUAAUCCUGUUCAAGCUGCCCUAUUGACUGAUAAAUGGAAAGUUUUCUGCUAGAUUUUUUCUGUUUGGCAGCUGAUUGGUAUACGCGAGCAGUUAUGAAUGCACUAGCUGCAACCAACCGAAAUUUUAAGCUGGCAGCUCGGCUUUUGGGGUUGGACUCAAAGCUUGAAAAGAGUUUGCUCAUCCCAUUUAGAGAAAUCAAGGUGGAGUGUACCAUUCCGAAAGAUGAUGGCACGUUGGCCUCUUUCGUCGGGUUCAGGGUUCAGCAUGACAAUGCCAGAGGCCCCAUGAAGGGAGGAAUCAGAUACCACCCAGAGGUUGACCCAGAUGAGGUGAAUGCUUUAGCACAACUAAUGACGUGGAAGACAGCAGUAGCCAACAUACCCUAUGGUGGGGCUAAAGGAGGGAUAGGUUGCGAUCCAGGGGACCUAAGCAUCUCUGAGCUUGAACGACUUACCAGAGUCUUCACUCAGAAGAUACAUGAUCUUAUCGGAGUCCACACAGAUGUUCCAGCACCUGAUAUGGGAACAAAUCCACAGACGAUGGCAUGGAUAUUGGACGAGUACUCAAAGUUUCACGGAUACUCGCCUGCUGUAGUGACUGGUAAACCCAUUGAUCUCGGGGGAUCCCUUGGUAGAGAUGCAGCAACAGGAAGGGGAGUACUUUUUGCAACAGAGGCCCUGCUCAAUGAGCACGGGAAGACCAUUGCUGGACAACGAUUUGUUGUGCAGGGAUUUGGGAAUGUGGGUUCCUGGGCUGCUCAACUCAUUAGUGAAAAUGGUGGAAAGAUUGUUGCUGCAAGCGACAUAACCGGAGCUGUAAAGAACAGCAAAGGACUUGACAUUCCAAGCCUGCUAAAGCAUGUCAAAGAAAACCGUGGAGUUAAAGGUUUUAGUGGCGGGGAUAAGAUAGAUCCCAAUACAAUAUUAGUUGAAGAUUGUGAUAUUCUCCUCCCUGCAGCCCUUGGAGGUGUGAUCAACAGGGAAAAUGCAAAUGAUAUCAAAGCCAAAUUUAUCAUCGAGGCAGCAAAUCAUCCAACUGAUCCAGAGGCUGAUGAGAUCCUAGCAAAGAAAGGAGUCAUCAUCCUUCCAGACAUAUAUGCAAACUCGGGUGGCGUAACAGUCAGUUAUUUUGAGUGGGUUCAGAACAUUCAAGGCUUCCUGUGGGACGAGGAAAAAGUGAACAAUGAGCUGAAGACGUACAUGACAAACGGUUUCAAGGGUGUGAAGGAAAUGUGCAAAACCCACAACUGCGAUCUCCGAAUGGGAGCCUUCACCCUCGGGGUUAAUCGCGUUGCCCGUGCUACAGUUCUCAGGGGUUGGGGAGCCUGAGACCUGAGGAGAUGAUGAUGAUGAUCACUAUUUUCACUGCUUCAAUAAAAGAAAGAAUAAGGCUUCAACCCCUUACUACCAAGGGGUUUUUUUGUCAUAAAAUUAUGGUUUUGGUUAAAACCAUUAUUUUCGGUUGUAUGAGUUCUAGUAGCUUUUCAUCUUCCAUUGUGUUGCGAAUUCUCAUGAAGGGAAGUUGAUGAAGCAGGUUUCCUUCUCUCUCACAAGGUCAUAUAAGUUAGGACUUGUGAUUUAUCUCAUUUUGGGGAUGCAUUGAUGCGAAUUUCAAGGUUCGACGUUUGAUCACCAA